GAGCUUUUCAGCCUUGAGUGAGGAACAAGGAGACUUAAGAGCCCUGAAGUGGACAAAUCUAACCAAAAAACAGCCGAAGGUACCUGGAACCCAAAAGACCAAAAGAUACUCAUCCAGAGGCUUCAAGAUGAAAACAGUCUUUCUGCUUGUUGCACUAAUGGCCUGUGGGUUAUUGGAGGUACAAGGGAACCUGGUACAAUUCAAUAACAUGAUUGCUGCGCUCACAAAAAAGAAUGCAUUGUAUAGCUAUGGCUUCUAUGGCUGCUACUGUGGCUUCAAAGGCAAAGGAACCCCCAAAGAUGCUACUGACAGGUGCUGUUUGGCCCAUGACUGCUGCUAUUCAAAGCUGGAGAAGAGAGGCUGCCACCCCAAAACCCAGACCUACAAUUACAAAUAUCGGGCUGGAUCCAUCACCUGUGGAUCUGGGAGCUACUGUCAGAAGCAAAUCUGUGCUUGUGACAGAACAGCUGCUUACUGCAUGAAGAAAAACCUGAACAGUUACAAAGCGAAAUAUCGCAACUUCCCCAAUUUCUUAUGCAAAGGGAAAACACAUCGUUGCUGAGAGCUUCUUUUUCCCUUCCUCAGCAAGAAUUGACAAGAAGGAGCCUCAAAAUUCCAAUUACCAAGCCAUCACCCCACAAUCCACAGCUGUUCACGCUGCCUUUUCUGAACAAUAUUGCUUUGACAUUGGGAUUUAGAUUAAUGAAUCCAUUGACAAACCUUAUUUGUUGCUUGCUAUGGGUCAAGCUUUCUAAUGUAAUGACCAACCUCAAUUCCAGAGGGCUAAUGAUGAAACCCAUCUCCCUUCUCUCAAAAGAAAGGUAAAAAGGGAGGGAUAUGGAAUCCCACACGUUGUCUGAUGCUGUCGGGACAUUUCAUUGAGUUUGUUCUACUGCUCCUCUUUGUUCCAAGGAGGGGGGCAGGUAGCUAGUGAUAUGAAAAAAAGUAUCAAUAAAAUGUUGGGGUGGGGUUUCCCCAUCAG